CGCGGACCUCCCAGCGCGCCCGCCCUGUUUACUCAUCCCCGCGGAGCGCCCGGGGAGCGAGGGCUGCGCGCGCGCCCCGAAAGCCUAGCAAUCUGAGGACGCGGUAUCAGCCCUUCCCACAGGCACUUCCUUCCCGUUCCCGAACGUCCAGGGAGGGAGGGCCAAGCGCUUAAAAACGCACGCCCAGGCCGCCCGGGUGUCAGAGCCGCCUGGCGUGGGCGCGUCCAGUCGGCCACCGCAGCUGCUCCGCUCGCGCCUCGGGCCCGCAGAGACCAGCCCUGCUCCCCGGCCGCAGCCCGGACAAGCAUGCUCGUCCUUCUCCUCGGGGUCCUGGCCCCCGCCGGCUGGGGGCUGCCGGCGCCCACCGAGCCUCCGCCCCACGGCAGCCAGUGCGUCGAGCACGACUGCUUCGCGCUCUUUCGGCAUCCGGAAAGCUUCGCGGCUGCCAGCCUGUCCUGCAAGCGGCGGCACGGCCACCUGAUGACCGUGCGCUCCUCCGUGGCGGCCGACGUCAUCUCCCUGCUUCUGGGCGGAGACGGCGGGGUCGGGCUGAAGCUCUGGAUCGGCCUGGAGCUGCCGCCCAACUGCAGCGACGUUGCCCCUCUCGGGCCCCUGCGCGGCUUCCGGUGGGUGACAGGCGACAACAGUACGAGCUACAGCAGGUGGGCUCGCGUGGCCGACGAGGCGCCCCUCUGCGGGCCGCUGUGCGUCGCCGUCUCGGCGGCCGCGGGCGCGGGCGAGUUGGCCUGGGAGACACAGCGCUGCAACGCCACGGCCGACGGCUUCCUCUGUGAGUUCCCCUUCGCGGCGUCCUGCCGGCCGCUGCCCGUGGAGGCCGCGGCCGCUAACGUCUCCAUCACCUACAGCACCCCCUUCGGGGCGCGUGGGCCUGACUUCCAGACGCUGCCCGAGGGGAGCAUCGCCACCGUGGAGCCUUCCGCGCUGCAGCUGGUGUGCCGGGCCUCGCCGGGGGAGGGCGAGGCGCGCUGGGGUCGAGAGGUGCCCGGCGCCUGGGUCUGCAGCGUGGACAACGGCGGCUGCGAGCACGCGUGCACCCUGAGCGCCGGGGCGCCGCGCUGCGUGUGCGCGGCCGACACCGUCCUGCAGCCCGAUGGGCGCUCCUGCGCGGCGCGCGACGACCACGCGUGUCACAGGCUCUGCGAGCAAUUCUGCGUGCUCAGCACCGACGCGCCCGGCGAGUACUCGUGCAUGUGCGCGACGGGUUACCGCCUGGCGGCUGACCAGCACCGCUGCGAGGACGUGGACGACUGCUUGUUGGAGCCGAGCCCGUGCAAGCAGCGCUGCGUCAACACGCAGGGAGGCUUCGAGUGCCAUUGCUUCCCUGGCUACGAAAUGCUGGACGGGGAGUGCGUGGAGCUCCUGGACCCAUGCUUCGGGAACGACUGCGAGUAUCAGUGCCAGCCUAUAGGGGAGACCGACUUCCGCUGCAUCUGCGCAGAGGGCUUCGCGCCCGACCCGAAGGACCCUCACAAGUGUCUGAUGUUCUGCAACAAGACUGUCUGCGAAGCCGACUGUGACCCCAACAGUCCGGGUGUCUGUCGGUGCCCUGAAGGCUACAUCUUGGACGAGGACUCCAUGUGCGCUGACAUAGAUGAAUGCGCCAGCAACGAAUGUACGGGCGCCUGCCGCAACCUCCCUGGCAGCUUUGAGUGUCUCUGCGGCCCAGAGACUGCCCUUGCUGGCCAGGUUGCCACCGACUGCGAUCCAGUUAAGGUGAAUGAGGACGCAGGCUCUGGAGAGCCGCCCAUUAGCCCGACUCCCAGCGCCACUUCUAGGCCCUCGCCUGCGGGGCCCAUGCACUCUGGGGUGCUCAUUGGCAUCUCCAUUGCGAGCCUGUCUCUGGUGGUGGCACUGUUGGCACUCCUCUGCCACCUGCGCAAGAAGCAAGGCACUUCUCCAGCUGAGCUGGAGUACAAGUGUGGGUCCCCAGCUAAGGAAGUGGUUCUGCAACAGGUGCGAACGGACCUAACGGCCCAGAAACUCUAAGGUGGCCUGCCUCUUUGCUGGGCUUCCCAGGUCCCCCUUCCAGAAAUGGGCCCCCUAAAGCAUCCCAGCAGUCAUCAGAAUGUAGAAGUCUCUGAGCUCUUUUCACCGAGGUGCGUCUGUAUUCGACUAAAGAGAAGGGUUAGAAGGAAAGUGUGCCCUGCCACUUACAUGAUGUCCCCUGAAACUGGGCAGAGGUGAGACUUUACAAUGAAGAUACAGACUGCAAAGUGUCCCUUGCCGUCAUCCUGGACCCCAGAAGGACGAAUGUGACUUGGAAGCAGGCCUGAGGGCAGACUCUGAUCCUGUGGGUGAUGCACUAGUGAGUGUAACUGAACAAUGGAUGAUAGUUGUAAUAUUUAUUUUUCAGGAAUUUAUAUUUUCUCCUUUAUUUUGCAUCCUUUCCCCACCUGUGUGCUUCCAACACUCACUCUGUACCCCUCUCCUCCUUCCCACUUUCAUCUUCCUUCUUCUUUUUUCUGUAUUUAUAUACUCUCACUAGGUAAGUGACAGUUAAAAUAUCUUGAAUAUGCCUCAUCCCCUCUCAGUCCUGCCAAGUUGUUUUUCAGCUACGAAACAAAACUCCAUUUCUGUUUCCAUCAUUUCUCCUAGUUUUUCUCUCCCAGGAAAUAUCCCUAAUCUACCAAGUCUCUCUGCCUAUGUCUGACCCUACUUCUUGUCUGUCUAAGCACCCAUGUGAAAUGGAAAUGAAAACACUAAAAUCAAGAAUGAUGGGGGAAGGGCGAUUAUCUCUUUCACUGGGUUUGCUAAUUUAUUCUGAACUUUCAGAUUUCCAGAGCAAUAUCAUUGAACAAAGAUUAAGGUGCAUGUAUUAAAUUAAUGUUGCUAGACCAUCGUAAAAAUUAAACCCAAGGAGUUUUUAAUUUUUAUUUUUAAACAGUGAGCUUGGGUUUUGUUGUUAUUGCUGUUUUGAUUUUACCUGAAAGUUGGUAAUUGUUAUUAAGCUGCGUGUGCAGUUUCCUUUUCUACUAUUAUUAUUGUGAGUUGUUAUUGAAAGUUUUGAAAAUGUUUGCAUUAUUGAUUUUAGAUUGAAAAGGAAACACCUUGUAGAAGACAGUUUAAGACUGUGUGAACUGCAUGAUUCAUAUAAUAGUCAUUUUGACAAGCCAAAAUAAAAUCUGCUCUACUCAUUUAGGGGGAUCUGGGAGCUUGGCAUGGAACCAGGAGGAUGCCCUGGUAGGGUCUCAUCAUGAUUUGGCCUUGAGAAUUUUUUCCACUUCAGAGAAGCAUCGCAGUCCUAGCUAUUAGAAUGUGGUGGCUUGAUAUGAAGUGGUGGUUCCCCACUUAGAAAUACAGUAUCAGGUUCCAUGGCCAUACUUCCUUCAAGAUAGUCUAUUUUAAUAAUACCCUCAGUGGGGUUGUCUACACUGUAUAGUUGAAUAAAAUCAUCCCAGACAGUUCCUAACUUUCUGGGGUACAUUAAAUGUGGAUCAGUAAUAAGUGGCAGGUCAAAUCAGGCCUUUGUUUAUCAAGAAACUGAGGAAUUUUAUUUUAUAGCUUUUCUUUCUAAUAGAAGAAAAUAGGUACACACUUUUAGACACUGCUAUACAGAGUAGAGUUUGGUUAAACUAAGCUAGGAAUUAAAUUGUGCUUCUUCUAGAAAAAUAUGUAUGAGAUAGGUAAGUAUCUUUUGUGGUUAAAAAUGUUUUCCUCCACUAUUUUGUAAACUGAGAAUAUUUGUACAUAGUUAUUUAUUUAUGGAAAUAAAAAUAAAACACAGGCAAAAUCCUUGCUUAUGACAUCACAGGUAGAAAAUAAACAAAUAAUUGUU